UCAUCUCUAGCCGCUGUAGCCGCACCUCACUCUCCCCGGCUGACCACACCACCGAAGAACCUUUUUCAGAGAACAUAUCACCGGAGAAGAAGCAGGCUCUGCGACUGCGAGCCAGACAGGAAUUUGACUGCGAUGGGUUCGGAGACUUUUGUGGAGAUCCUGCUGGCCAUCCUGCUGCCGCCGGUCGGCGUCUUCCUCCGCUACGGCAUCGGCAUGGAGUUCUGGAUCUGCCUGCUGCUCACCUUGCUGGGCUACAUCCCCGGCAUCAUCUACGCCAUCUUCGUCCUCGUCGCUUAAAUAGUUUCAGUUUCAGCAAUUAAGCAGUACGGACUAGUGUGCGGAGAUGGAUCGUUACCAGGCAGCAUCUCUGUUCCAGUUGCUCUAGCGGUUCAUGGACGAGCUGGCUGGCGCAUCAGUGCAAGCAGGAUCUUUGCUCCAUGACUGACCACCCUGCAUGUCGGUCCAGUUACUAGGCCGGCUACCACUGUUGUGUUGAGUGCUAUAUUGCCGUUCUGUGCGUACCACUUUUUUUUUUUGUGUCUGUGUGUUGUGCUCUACGUGUAUCAUCUUCAGUGCUGCGAUUUUCAUGCAUGCCAGAUUCAGGCCUUUUUAGCGUGUA